AACUCGAAACCAAAAAAAAAUUACUUCUUUUCUCCGACUUCCAUAURUGGGCCGUAGGAAUCCUACGAAUCCUACGCGUGACGUCACUCUCCUACAAAGCACGCAAGUGGAGCGGACGCUCAGUCUAGCUAUAACUGAUYGGUAGAGUCUUGUCAGUUUUCUGUCAGCUUGGUAGUUUACAACGGCGUUUUCACGUUUUCGAUCUGUAAGAUACCCAGGAAAAUGGCUUCAAACGAAAGAAUUGACUAUGCUUCGGAUGAAUCUGAACACCAAAAUGGCGAGAGUGGGCAUUCUGAACCUGAUUCAAGUAGUUUAGAUGAGUACUCUAGUAGUGGCAGCGAAAACGAGGAUGCAGAAUUCACAGACGCAUUGAARAGUAUUUCAAAUAGUGAAGAGAUAAGAGUGAUCUUCAAUGAAGAUAAAACCCCAUCAGUGGUGUCUUUAGUUGAUGAUUUCAAAAAGAUUGCAUCUUCUUUAAGGGGUGAAGUCAUUGGAAACCGCUGUCCACMWCCACCGUUGCUGCCGUCGUCAUCAUCAUCAACUAGUGACAUAGAAAUUCUGAAUUCAUUGUCAUCUAUAUCAUCACGUCUAGACCAGUUCACUUCACAUCUUCCAACUAAUUUACCAGAUCACACCAGCUAUGACUCUGCUUGUAACGUUGCCCGCCAAAUUUCAUAUUGGUCCUCUCUUUUUGUAUCCAUGUGUAAUAGUAACUCAUCGCCAACACCAGAAUUAACACCUUCACCAUCUUUUAUUCCAACUACCAGUCACACUUCUCCACCAUCUACAAUACUUCCAUCUAACACUUCUCAGCCACAGCAACCAUCCUCCAGCAUCAUACUGACACCACCUUUUCUYCCUGGACCUUCUAAUUCUCAGCCACGGCCACUGUCCUCAACUACUUUUACUAAGCCACCAUUCUCCAGCRUUGUACCACCACCACCAUCACAACCUGUUYUGCCUGCCUCGUACGAUACUCACCCACCAUCCUCCAGCAUUGUACCACCACCAUNCACAAAUUCAUCUGAAUCUUUUAUUCUUGUUUCAAUAGCCGUUUGUUCUUCGUUAUUUGCUGUUGUUAGUUCCUGGAGCGUCUGCUGUAGUUCCUCCUUCUUAGCUAUUCCGUGUUCUCUGGCCAUGUUGCAAAUCAUUGCAACUACAUCAUCGACAUCUCUCUUUGCCUUGGCAAUCUCUCUUUCGAUUCUCUCUAUGUUUUCUUUAGAUUGUUUUAAUUCUUGUUGGUCGUUUUGUUUCCGUUGCUCGACUCGAUUCAUCGCUCCUUCGAUCAAUUUCCUUGAGUCCUGUCCAGCGUCUUCUAAGCUCUGCAGUUGA